AUGCGAUCGAUUCCGUUAUAUGUAUGGAAACAGUUCUCGGGGAUGGAAGCAAUCAGGAUUUGGAACGUCUACCUCCUCGGAGAAAUGGAACUUGGACAACCGCCAGUGCAGCACUUAUGCUUCGUUUCCGGCUUAAAUCCCACGAAGUUAUUUCCGCCGAGUUCGCUCGAACGGCUCAAGCAGAAAAAUCCUCAGUUUGUGCACCUGGCGGAAAAAGACUUGGGCGCAAGUUCUGCCGAUUUUUCUCUCGUGGCCUCUAUUUCGAUGAUUCCUGAAGAAUACCUCGCUUCCAUUUUGAACUUUUGCGGAAACAACAGCGUUUACUUGAUUGAAGCAUCUUCUGAAGCUGAUAUACAGUGCUCCCUAGAAAGGUUCGCAGCCCAGUGUGACGUGACCGGUAUGCUUGUGAAUGCAUCUAAAAUGAAAAUUCAACUGCUUUCUCGUUCUCCUGCCCGUUGCUCUCUUCAGAUUAACGGAGAGGCAAUGAAGCAGUUCAAGUACCUCGGAAUCGUAUUUACUAGUGAUGGAAAAUUGGAGGAAGAGAUCAACCAGCGAAUUGGAGUAGCCAGUGGCGUUCUGCGUGAGCCAGCCCGAUCCAUUAUGACUAAUGCAGAGUUGAAAACUGAGAGCGGCAAUGAGUACUACUUCUGA